AGCAUCAACAUUGUCCCGAGCGUCCCACCAGGCAGACACGGUCCAUGGCCGAACCGGUUACAUCGCGCUAUCAGGCGACACGCACACAGCCACCAGGUUCUCGGCUAUGGCGAAGGGUCCUUGGUACCGUCGUGGGCCUUGUCAUCGGCUCCUUCCUGCUGGUACUCAUAGGCAUGAUCGCCAGCAUGGACGUCUUCAUGCCUAGCAACGGCGUCUACCGCAACGUCAGCCACACCAACAUGGGCGUCCUCGAGACCGUGAUCUCGGUCGCGGUGAAGAACAUCGCCGAUCGCUACUGGAGUUCCGACAAACGUGGCGGAGCCCUCGCUACCCACACCACCGACAGCAAGGACUCCUCCCCGUUGCUCACCCAGAACCGGUCGCUGGCAUUCCACGAGGAACUGCGCGGACAGCUGUCCAUGGGCGCGCACCCUGCCGACGUUGGCAACGGCACGGCUUACGGCUCGACAGAGUUAACUGUUCGGGCCGCUGACGUGCCUGGCGUCAGACUGGCGGCUAGUGAGGGCUUCGGGAGGCGCGAUCCUUCGUUAACAGUGGCACGAAAUUUCCGGAGGAAACGUCGGAACCGAUUACGUCGGUAGAUCGCCGACUUGUUGAGAAUGGCGCGGUGCUGCAUAUGGUACGAGUAAA